AUCCCCAAUCAGUCCACUGUUUUCAUGUUUUGUUUUGGUUUUUUGGAUCGUCUGUUGUGCUGCCCUUGUGGUCUUCUGAGGCCUUUACUCUAAAGAAAAGUUCAACAUACCCAGGAUAUCGUUCCCUUAUCUGGAUUUUCUUUUCCUCAUUGGCAGUCAGGCUAAACGGUCACACAAAGGGUCUCAGUGGGACGUUUUCAGUAGGUUAUAAGUGUGGACUGCAGAUGGGCACUCAAACACUUUGACUUUGGAGGCACUGUUAGAACAAUGACAGCAGCACAAACUACAUCUGCUCUUGAAGGCAGUGUGAUAUGGACUGGAACAAGGCACCUCCACAGGCCAGUGGAGGAUGAACCGGAGCAAAGUCGGGGUCUCUGCAGCUAUGGUCAGACGACUUCCUGUUGUUUUGGAUGGAAGAAUGUUAACAGCAUUUGUGAGCCGGUGUGCAAGAGGUCCUGCAUAAAUGGAAAAUGUGUGGGACCGGACAAGUGUUCAUGCUCCACGGGAUAUAAAGGACCACAGUGCAAUGAAGAUGUGAAUGAGUGCGGUUUGCCGGAGAGGCCGUGUUCCCAGCGCUGCAUGAAUACGCACGGUAGCUAUCGCUGUUACUGUGAACCUGGACACACACUCAGUGCAGAUGGAUACACCUGCACCAGAGAGGCCGCAUGUUCCUCCCUGCACUGCCAGUUUGGUUGCCAGAUGGAGAGAGGGGGAGCGCCGCGCUGUCUGUGUCCCCCCGGCCUCCACCUGGCUGCUGACAACAAGACCUGUGAAGAUGUAAACGAGUGUCAGCAGGAUGCGUGUCCACCACGGCGGACGUGCAAGAACACUUUUGGCAGCUUCGUUUGUGUGUGCAAAGACGGCUUUGUGAUGGGGGCGCUGGAGGGCUCCGUUAAAUGCCGAGAUGAGGAUGAAUGUUUAACCGGGGCUCACCGGUGCAGCCGCCAUGCUCGUUGCUUCAACACCGAUGGUUCCUACACCUGUCUGUGUUUGGAGGGAUUCUUCGGCAACGGACGCACCUGCCAGCCCAGGAGAGCCCCGCAGUCCAAGGCUCUCAUGUACUUCAACUACAAACUCAGCAAAAGGACCAGACUCCUGCCACCUGCAUCUUAGCUCAACUUCCUGCAAACUACAUGGGUCAAAUAAAAAAGGGCAUGCAACAUUAAGGAAUGAUUUAAUAAGCAAAAACAACAACAUCAACAAAAUAAAACACACGCACAACUGUAAAAAUAGGCGGGAACACUUUGAGCCGACUUGUUUGUUUUGUUAAGAAUUUUCAGCUCAGCUGGAAACCUUUUUUUGCAUUUUCAUUUUUUUUUAAUUCCCAGUCAGGCAAAAAAGUGAAAUAUUCACAGCACCAUCGGCUGCCUGUUUAGUGUCAAGUAGACAAACCCUUCAUUUAACAAGUGCACUGCAAAAGGACUGCAAUGUGUAUACUAUAAUAGUAUGUUUGAGCCCAAAUAACCAGCAGGAGGCUUUAGUGCCGUGACUUGUCUCAGAACCUCAGACACACACCCCUGUUUGUACAACACAGCAAAGCACAAUCAUUCAUACAUCGGGUCUGCAUCGCUAGUAAUUUAUAGAUUUUUUCCCCCCUUUUAAUGUAAAUUUUCUCAAGAAAUAAGGCAGUUUUGUGAGGCUUCAGAUUUUGCUAAUAAAAGACUGACCUCUGGUGGAUAGAUAAGGGAAGAUGCCGGAUCUGUCCUACCUUCACUGUGAACUCUGAAGAAUGCCGGUGAAACAAAAUGCUACCAAAGGAUGUGUACUUUGUAAGUCUACCAUGUGAUUAUGGGUUAAUGCGAUGUUAUUUUUUUUCUUAAUUUCUAAUUUAAAAAAAAAAACCUGUCCAAACAGAUGGUAUAUAAACGUGAUGGACUCACUCUGGAAGCAGCUAAAGCACAGGCUGAUGUUUUCCUACCUCACUGUUUAU